UGUGCCACUCGUUUGCUGCUCGAUCAGCCCUUAUCCACUCCACCACUGCACCACUCCACACGUUAGAUGUUCGGCGAAACGCCCCUAUAAGAAAUCCCUUCCCCCUCCUCCCUUCUUUUCAUUUCCCUUACUCCACAUCUAAAGAUCUGGGAAGACUCAAUCAAGAUCAUAAUUACUGCCGCCUGAGUACUUCAUAAAAUGCCAUCUACGGCUUCCAACGCUUCCACAUCAAGCUUCUCCGCAUCUCUCUUUCGGCGUCCCACCGCCCUACUAGCAGCGGCGCCACGGCCGUCGUGGCCUCUGGCUUCUGCGGUCACGACAGCGGCACGGAGGAACCUCUCAUGCCAGGUUGCCCUCGCCACCGACGUCUCCUCCUCCUCGCCUGAUGCAAUCGCCGAAGAAGAGGCUGAGGCUGCCGCUAAGAUUGGGGCUAAGGUUCGCGUGAAGGUUCCGGUCAAGGUCUAUCACGUGAUGAAGGCGCCGGAACUGGAUUUGUGCGGGAUGGAGGGGGUAAUCAAGCAGUACGUUGGGGUUUGGAAAGGGAAGCGUAUUUCAGCUAAUCUCCCCUUCAGGGUGGAGUUCUUUAUUUCCGUCGCGGGGCAGGAGAAGCCCGUCAAGUUCGUUGCGCAUCUGAGGGAAGACGAGUUCGAGUACUUGCCUUCUUCCGAUUGAGUGCUUGUUCUGUUUGAUGUAAAAAUUGCCGAUUUCUGAAGCCCUCUGAUGUGUAGCUGGUGUAGGAGCUGAAACAGAGGGAUCCGGAACAGCAAGAACAAGUGGAAACCAGAGUAUACUUUUUCUAUAUUGUGUAAAAACUCCCUAAUACAGUAGUUUGCAUUUCUUCUGUAUUGUUUUUCUCUCUAUUCUAAUAAGAGUAGUAAUGUUAAAAAGGUAAAUAUUAGACUAUUAGACUAAAACAGAAAAAAAAAAUCUGAUAUUAUCGCAGUGGUUAAAACAGAACUAG